AUGUUUAACCCAGCUAUGUUUAAUCGGCAAGACAUAGAGCGACUUCGCGACUUAUGUGAACAGCCAGCAGCAGCAACAACAGGCAGACAACUCAGAUCCGGAACAGCGGAUGAGUGGAGAAUCAUUGGGGGAAUGGCAGAAGGAACGAUAAUCCGCCAACAUACGCAAGCUAUUCAAGAGGACAUACGGGUGGCAGCAGAAGUAAUGCACACCAACACGCCAGACUUACGCAAAAUGCUCAGCUUAGCCAAGACGAUCAGCUACAAUCAUGUUCAUCGGAGUUUGCACUUCUUUUUCUUUGACAGAGCUACAGCUCGUCAAUAUCGGAAUGUACAAGUUCCGUUCAACAGAAAUGUCUACCGGCUCGCCAACGUCCAUAGACCUGAUACCGGUUCAGUCUGGCUGAGACAAUUGGCACACGACGGCACGCGUAAAUCCCCUCAGCGGCAAUACGAAGUGGACAUAUACAUUAUCACGCGUUUCACGGAUAUUGGGAGAAUUGAAGCUUAUCUCCAGCAAAACAUAACUGCGAAGUUCGAGUUGGAUGACUUAGACACAUGCCGACCAGAGUCAAGGACAUCAGUAGUCUGGCGCCUCACGGUGCACACAGCGGAAUGCCCGGAAUUUUUAAGAAGUAUCGUAAGGAUCAUCUGGAUCCGGGAGUCGAGUAGCAAAAGACAAGGAAGUAGAACAGCUUAA